AUGCUCGCUCUUCGCCAACCAGCACUAGUGACUCCCCCAUCUUUCACCACUAAUGACCGUACUCAGUUUCAUGAGACGCGAGAAGCAACGAACAGCCUGGCCAGCGCUCUGACGCGGCUGGAAGAGAUGAUGGUCCUCCAGAUUCACAGUGUAGACCAACUCUCUAGCAUAUGCUCUCAAGCCUUAGCCAAAGAGGGGGAGAUAAGGUCCAACGCUGCUGGACCAUCUGCUGAAACUUCUGCUCCAACAACCCAAGACGCUAAGGCUGAAGCUUCUAGAGCUAGAGCUGAAGCUGACGCUGAGGUUGUCUACAAUAUUCCAACCUCCAGUGAAGCUGCUAUAGCUGAGGACGCUGAUGUCAUUCGAGCUGAAGCUCAUGAAGAUGAUGAUGAGGAAGGUGAUUCUCCUGAUCUCCCUGACUCCAAUAGCGAUCUAGAUGACGACAAUGACAAUGAUGAUGAAGAUGACUUCACCAUCCAGUUCCAGCGUCCAACCACUCCCACCAAAGAAGUUGCCCUCAGGGAUUCCGCAUCCCAGGGGGAACGAAGGGAAGAAGAGUCAGUGCCUUAA